AUGCGGAUCCUACGCAAUCUAAUUAGCAAUUUCACACGUAACGCUCCAAAACGCGACUUUGCUCACGUUCACGACGUGCAGAUCAAGUGGGAAAGAGUACCAGCACAGAGCGGGAAAAAGCAAGAGCAAGAAGCUGGCAAUAUGUCUUUGAACGUUUUCAAGCAACCCCUCGCGCUUCACUCCACACAGUCUUUGACCGGAUUCACCCGCUCAGGCUACUGUGAGGUACCCGCAUCAGAUGCUGGCAACCACGCCAUAGCAGGUAUCGUGUCAAAAGAGUUCCUCGACUUCUCUGCCGCACGUGGCAACGACUUGCGUCAAGUAGGACUUACGGAUGGCUGCAAAUGGUGCCUUUGUGUGAACAGGUGGAAAGAGGCGUUUGAUGCUAGGACAGGCAUGGAUGACAAGAAGGUUCCCAAGGUUGUCAUGAAAGCGACGAAUGAGAAGGCGUUGAAAGGGGUGAGUAUGGAUGAUUUGAAGGCUUUUGCUGUGGACAAGGAGUAG